AUGAAUCAAUCAAUCCCACCAAUCCUCGAACCCGUCUUCUGCUGCGGAAAAGCACACCUGACCUGGACAUCCCAAAACAACAAACCCUGGCACAACCCCGACCGCGAACUUCACGACAGAAUAUACGGAUCCUUCUUAAGCUUCGCCGUCAAGCGCCAAAAAAUCUACAACUUCAAUUCCCGCAUCUUCAACCUCCCACCGCGAAGUCGAGAUCCACCUGUCCCUCAACCCUGGGUUCCCCAUGACGUCCUGUCGGAUGAAGCAGUAGCCAAUAACCCAAUCAAGGACGACACGCCGUAUUGCAUUCACGUCAUCUCGCGCGAUGAUUUCGGGCUGGCGUAUUCACAUCGCUACUACGCGAUUCCGAAGAAUUUGAAUGAGGAUUGGACGGAGAUAAGCCAUGUGCACUGGUUCGCGCAGGGGUAUAAGUUUAGGGAUGUUGUGGAUAGAUGGGAUUUGAAGUGUCAGAUUGAUCAUGAGACGUUUUUUAGGUUGGAGUUGAGGCCAAAUUUGGAUUUGAGGAAGACGGUGAAUGUGGUGGCUGUUUUGCCGCAGAGGAGAGUGUGUGGGGGGAUGGGAAUGGGAAUGGGAGGGGCAAGGGGAGGCGGAAAGGGAAAGGGAAAUGGAAAGGGGCGGAGAAGAUGA